AUGACGUCCGAAGGUGGCGAGAAAGAGGCCGCCGAGAAACGCGUUGCAAAGCUAGUCGCGGAAGCGGCGGAAGCUGAGGACAGACAGAAUGUCACUCAGAAAGAGCUCAGAGAGCAGCUGGAUGAUACAGUUACAUCCGCGCUUGAACGAUUUGAGACAAGCUUCAAAGCCAGUAUAGCAGAAUCACUGGAGAGCGUAAAGAAUGGUCUCAGGGAUGAGUUUCAUAGGUCACUCCCAGACUUCGGUAUCAUAAAGCAAGAAGCAGCCAAUCUUAAGGAACAGGUGCACAACCUUAGUGACGGUCUUAACAGCCUCACAGCCAAGUUUCACGACCAUGUGGAUGACAUAGAGAGUGCUGACCUGAAGAGGGACGCUGCACAAAAGACACACUUGCAGAUACUUGAAGCAAAACAGAAGACCGUACUAAGUGACAUUAGAGGCAAAGCCUUGAAAAUAAAGGGAGAGUCUGUUGACACAGAGGACAUAGUCAAAACAGUAUUAGCACAGAUAGAACCUAGGCUCGUCACGCUAGCAUCAGGUCAACAGCAGCUUCCAAGAAGUCACGGACCCGAACUUUCAACAAACGAGUUCUAUGGACAGGCGCCCAAGUUUCCUCAGCAUCUACUACUAAGUGACCGUACCUCACACAUACACGCUGCUAUAGAGGAGGGACAUUACUUCAAGGUAGGUGUAAACCCUGAGCUGCAACUGUCUAAGUUCAAACAGCAAAAUAUCAACUUCUCCCGACUAGCGGACAUUGAGAAACCAUGGGAAGAAUAUCAGCAAGAAGCCAAGAAGAUAGUUUCAAUCUAUGAUGGAGAAAGAGACAUAAGUACACAUGGUGGAAGAGGCUACAGCUACGUCUACAUAGGCACUCAGGCAAUUCUCUUUGGGAGAACAGCUUUUGAUACGCUACAAGCCAGGAUGAAAGAAAUCCUCAAGGAGACAAUCCCUCUUGAGGAUGAGGGGAGCAUGGAAAGACUGAGCUCAACUAACCUCCAGUACGAGCUACUGGAAAAACAUCUCGGACAGGAAGAAGUCUCAAAUGGCGCGCCACCGUGUCCAAUCUGUGAAGCCAACAAGGGGCAAAUCCCAGUCAUUCACCACAGCCCAUCUUGGCAUGAAAACGAAUUGGGAUACACGCCGCUGCAGGCUCUCAUGAUAGAUAUAUGGGACAGCCCUGUCAAAUCAAUGCUGGACGGAUUCACAUACAUACUGGUAUGCGUUUGCAUAAGAAGCGGUCUGAUGGCCUUUGCAAUGAGUGGUGGAGACGCUCAUUUGCUCGCGCCCUUUGAUGGGAGCUGUCAGAGGGCGUUUGUUGCUAGCUUGGCAGCACUGCACCGAACUAGCACCUCAUCAGCAGCAAUACCGCUAGGUCUCUUGGGGUUUCGUACCAUCGGAAGCAUGCGGCGCGCGUUACUUUGCCAGGGUGCAAUUGCUUGGUCGGCAGCUCUUCCCCUGCUUGGAGAGGGAAUAGAGACAACACAUGUCACGUCUGCGCGUCACGCGUAUCGUUGUUCGGUGGCUGCAGGGUUAGGCCAUGAAGCAUCUAGAGAGGUACUAAACCGAAAGACCGCCGAUAUAGUCUCUAUAAUUCUCUCAGCGGCGCAUCGACUAGCAAAUACCUCUGAGGGGUGCAAGCAGCUCUCUAUAACAGGGCUUUUCCUAGAUUUGCAUGAACAGCCAAGAAAGUCAAUAGGCAGGCAGCUCGAUGAAAGUCAAGCAGUCCUUGCCGGGCGCAUCGCAAAGGAAGCAACUCGCCUUGAGCUACGCAGGAGGCGCCACAUGACUCCAGCGGCAGCACUUCGCACGCCGGUUGCGGUCGAGCUUGUGCACGCUUAUGAUAGUGCCGCUCUGAAGCUUGCCAGUUGUGGUUUCUGCAUCAUAGAUGGCGGACUUUCUCUAUCAGACUCCCGUAUGCUCUAUGACCACUUCAGUGGCGCUCUUCAUCGUGGUGAACUGUUUGGUCCUGUUAGCAGUGAUGCGUGCAAUAAAGGGUCCUUUUCUCUGUCGAUUCCCAUAAUCGUUGGCGCGGGACCUGGGCCAAAUAACGAACUCAUAAAGCAAGAAGUAGCGCGCCAUCCUUCCAAAGCUGGCGCCUGCUACCACAGGCACAAAGACUGGUAUCCUUACGAAACCUCAAAUCACCGAUAUCUUACAGUCAUGUUAUAUCUGAACCCGGACUGGGCCGAGGCAGAUGGCGGCGAACUUGUAGUUUAUAAUAAUUCUGGCAUACUCGAAACGAUUCUCCCCAUUGCCGGUCGCAUGUUAUGGAGGUCGUGUGGUCCAUAUGAGCCAUUCGAGGCGCCUAGAGCACCGGACAAGCCGCUCCAUCGGUCUCCGAGCACGUCCGUGAAGCCCUGCGGCCCAUACACUGCCCGGUGGCGGCUGCUGACGACCACUGUUUACCGGUAA